UGAUAACAGACGUAAGGAGACAAUACAACGGAAAAGCGGGGGUUCUCCCAAAAUCAGAAUUUUCUCGAGUACAAAUCAAAAUUUUCUCGACCUUUCUUCUCCUUUUUCUAGACAAAAAUAGGUUUUCUGGUGAUCCAAGCAGGGAAAAAUGCUCUCCUUGCAGAGCGAUCCUCGGCUGCAACAGUACCAUCAUAGCCAGCAGCUUCAACAACAACUACAGCAGCAACAUGUUCAGUUGGUUCCAUACAACGAUGACUCACUCAGUCUGCACUCUGAUUUUGGAGGCGCAGUUGCUGCUGCUUCUUCUUCUUCUUCUGCUUUGGUUAAUCUCAAGCCCUCUCAGGGUUUGGACUCCCAUGAAGUUGAUGAUGACACACUCAUGGCCCUUGCUCAUCAAAAGUACAAGGCUGGGAACUACAAGCAUGCUUUAGAACACAGCAAUGCAGUCUAUGAGAGGAACCCACGUCGUACUGAUAAUUUGCUUCUCCUGGGUGCAAUUCAUUAUCAGUUGCAUAAUUAUGAUCAAUGCAUUGCAAAGAAUGAAGAAGCUCUUAGAAUUGAUCCACAAUUUGCUGAGUGCUAUGGAAAUAUGGCAAAUGCUUGGAAGGAGAAAGGCAAUAUUGAUGCUGCAAUCCGGUAUUAUUUGUUUGCUAUUGAGCUUCGACCGAAUUUUGCUGAUGCAUGGUCAAAUCUAGCUAGUGCAUACAUGCGAAAAGGGAGGCUUAAUGAGGCAGCCCAGUGUUGUCGCCAGGCACUUGCACUAAAUCCCUGUUUGGUUGAUGCUCAUAGUAACCUUGGCAAUUUAAUGAAAAUUCAAGGUUUUGUGCAAGAGGCUUACAAUUGCUACCUUGAGGCUCUUCGUAUACAACCCAAUUUUGCAAUUGCAUGGUCUAAUCUUGCUGGGCUUUUCAUGGAAGCUGGGGACCUUAACAGGGCACUUCAAUACUAUAAGGAAGCAGUGAGACUUAAACCAACAUUUUUUGAUGCCUAUCUAAACCUUGGAAAUGUUUAUAAGGCUCUGGGAAUGCCUCAAGAGGCUAUUGUAUGCUAUCAGCGUGCUCUUCAGGUCCGACCGGAUUAUGCUAUGGCCUACGGCAAUUUGGCAAGUAUUUAUUACGAACAGCGUAACCUGGAUAUGGCAAUUCUCAAUUAUAGGAGAGCAAUUGCUCUUGACUCAGGAUUUUUGGAGGCAUUUAACAAUUUGGGUAAUGCUUUGAAAGAUGCUGGAAGAGUUGAUGAAGCAACACAAUGCUAUAGGCAAUGUCUUGCCUUGCAACCUAACCAUCCUCAGGCACUUACAAACCUUGGGAAUAUAUAUAUGGAAUGGAAUAUGUUGACUGCUGCUGCUUCAUGCUACAAGGCAACUUUAUCUGUGACAACAGGACUCUCUGCUCCUUUCAACAAUUUAGCAAUCAUUUACAAACAGCAGGGUAAUCUCUCAGACGCUAUAUCUUGUUACAAAGAAGUUCUGCGUAUUGAUCCUAUGGCCGCUGAUGCACUAGUCAACCGGGGGAACACAUAUAAGGAGAGUGGAAUAGUAAAUGAAGCCAUUCAAGAUUACAUAAGAGCUAUUAACAUUAGGCCAGCCAUGGCUGAAGCUCAUGCAAAUUUGGCGUCAGCUUAUAAGGACAGUGGACAUGUUGAGGCUGCAAUAAAAAGCUACAAGCAAGCACUGGCUCUUCGCCCUGAUUUUCCAGAAGCAACCUGUAACCUUCUACAUACAUUACAGUGUGUUUGUGAUUGGGAGGAUCGGGAGAAUAAAUUUAUUGAGGUUGAAGGCAUACUCAGGAGACAGAUUAAGAUGUCUGUUAUUCCUAGCGUGCAGCCUUUCCACGCAAUAGCCUAUCCAAUUGAUCCAGUGCUUGCACUAGAUAUCAGUCGUAAAUAUGCGGCACACUGCUCUGUUAUUGCAUCUCGUUAUUCACUUGCUCGUUUCAACUAUCCUGCACCCUUCCCUGUGAAGGGUGAGAAUGGGAAUGGACGCCUCAGGGUGGGAUAUGUGAGUAGUGAUUUUGGCAACCAUCCCCUAUCUCAUCUCAUGGGCUCAGUCUUUGGCAUGCACAAUAGAGAAAAUGUUGAGGUAUUCUGCUAUGCAUUGAGUCCAAAUGAUGGAACAGAGUGGAGGUUGCGUAUCCAGUCUGAAGCAGAGCACUUCAUAGAUGUAUCAUCCAUGUCCUCUGACGUGAUUGCAAAGAUGAUAAAUGAGGAUAAAAUACAAAUUCUUGUCAAUCUUAAUGGUUAUACGAAGGGGGCAAGGAAUGAGAUAUUUGCUAUGCAACCUGCUCCUAUUCAGAUUUCUUACAUGGGAUUUCCUGGGACUACUGGUGCAUCAUACAUACACUAUUUGGUCACUGAUGGGUUUGUCUCACCUCUUCGCUUUUCUCAUAUCUACUCCGAGAAGCUUGUUCACCUUCCUCAUUGUUACUUUGUAAAUGAUUAUAAGCAGAAAAAUCGUGAUGUCUUGGAUCCCAAGUGCUUGCCUAAGAGAUCUGAUUAUGGAUUACCAGAAGACAAAUUUACCUUUGCAUGUUUCAAUCAGCUGUACAAGAUGGAUCCUGACAUUUUCACCACAUGGUGCAAUAUUCUUAAGCGUGUUCCCGAUAGUGCUCUUUGGCUUCUUAGAUUCCCAGCUGCAGGCGAGAUGAGACUUCGCACAUAUGCAACUCAGCAGGGUGUGCGGCCGGAUCAGAUUAUAUUUACGGAUGUUGCCAUGAAAAGUGAACAUAUAAGACGCAGUGCCUUGGCAGAUCUCUUCCUUGAUACACCAUUAUGCAAUCUAGACAUUUUCCAUCUUGUAGGAGCCCCGCUUGUUGAAAAUUGCCUGGCAGGUUUUAACAGUUCCGUAUUUGCCUAUGGGCAGACUGGAAGUGGAAAGACUUAUACGAUUUGGGGUCCAGCGAAUGCCUUGUUGGAAGAGAACUUAUCAAGUGAUCAACAAGGCUUAACUCCCCGUGUCUUUGAGCGACUCUUUGCUCGUAUAAAUGAGGAGCAAAUUAAGCAUGCUGAUAAACAACUCAAGUAUCAAUGUCGUUGUUCCUUUCUCGAGAUCUAUAAUGAGCAAAUCACAGAUUUGUUGGAUCCAAAUCAAAGAAAUCUGCAGAUAAGAGAAGAUGUAAAAUCUGGCGUUUAUGUCGAGAAUUUGACAGAGGAGUAUGUAAGUUCAAUGAAGGAUGUGACUCAGCUGUUAAUGAAGGGAUUAUCAAAUAGAAGGACAGGUGCGACUAGUAUCAAUGCUGAAAGUUCCCGCUCACAUAGUGUUUUUACCUGUGUUGUUGAAUCUCGAUGUAAGAGUGUGGCAGAUGGUAUAAGUAGCUUUAAAACAAGUCGAAUAAAUCUUGUCGAUCUUGCCGGCUCAGAACGACAGAAAUUAACUGGUGCUGCAGGGGAGCGCUUAAAGGAGGCAGGGAAUAUUAAUCGUUCACUUUCACAGCUUGGGAACUUGAUAAACAUUCUAGCUGAAGUUUCCCAAAAUGGAAAGCAAAGGCAUAUCCCCUACAGAGACUCCAAGUUGACAUUUUUAUUGCAGGAAUCUCUUGGUGGCAAUGCAAAAUUAGCAAUGGUCUGUGCCAUUUCUCCAGCACAAAGCUGUAAGAGUGAAACAUUCAGCACGUUACGAUUUGCUCAGCGUGCAAAGGCAAUCAAGAACAAGGCAGUUGUUAAUGAAGUAAUGCAGGAUGAUGUAAAUUUUCUGCGUGAAGUGAUUCGACAGCUGAAGGAUGAACUCCAUCGAAUGAAAGCUAAUGGCAACAACCAAACUGAUCCAAAUGGAAGUUACUCAACUGGAUGGAAUGCCCGUCGGAGCUUGAAUUUGUUAAAAUUUAGCCUCCAUCAUCCAAGGACGUUACCUCAUGUUGAUGAAGAUGGUGAUGAGGAGAUGGAAAUUGAUGAGGAAGCUGUUGAGAAUCUUUGUGCUCAAGUAGGUCUGCAAUCAGCAGAUGAAUAUCAUCGUUCAAAUGAACUGACCAAACUAGAGCUAAUUGAGUCAGAUAUGGUAAAUACCCCCUCUGAAAAUGGAUGUGCUGGUGAGCCAGGGCCUAACACAUCUGAAUGUGUCAAAGCACAGGAUGCUGAGGAUUCUGAUGUGAACAUGGAGGAAGAAAUAUCUGAACAGCCUAAAACCUCUGAAAUUAUGAUUGUUGAUUGUGUUCAACCUUUUACGAACACCCCAAAUGUUUUUAGUGGUCAUGAUAGUAUCAAAGAAGAUCCAGGCCAUCUAAUUGUUGAAACAACUGAUGGGGAUUCCUCUGCGAUUCUUAAAUCCCCAACACCAAGUGUCUCACCUAAAGUCAAUCAGAGUAGGAAGAGUCUGAGGACAUCAUCAAUGUUCACUGCUUCGCAAAAAGAUAUUAAGGAUGAUGGCAAGUUAGGCUCAGAGGCUAUGCAUGUAUCUUUCACACCAACAGAACAUUUGGCAGCUAGCCUCCAUCGCGGUCUUGAGAUUAUUGAUUGUCACCGUCGGAGUUUAGCAUUGAGGAGGUCAUCAUUCCGUUAUUCAUUAAAACCUGCUGAUCCUAAGCCAAUCCUUGCAGCUCAUAAAGUUGAUGUUGGAGUCCAAACUUUUCCUCCAGAUUAUGAGAUUCAAGAAGAAGAGCCAGUAGUAUUUCUAUGUAGUAAUUGUAAACAGAGAACAAACCUGGAGGGCAAAGAGGACAGUGAAAGCUCAAACCUGCAGUUAGUUCCUGUUGAUGAGUCAGAGUAUAGUGAGAAAACCUUAGUUCCUGCUGAUGAGGCAGAGUCUGCUGAGAAAACCAAGAAGCAAGUCCCAAAGGCUGUGAAGAAAGUUUUGGCUGGAUCUAUCAGGAGAGAAAUGGCACUUGAAGAGUUCUGUGCCAAGCAAGCUUCUGAGAUAAUGCAGUUAAACCGUCUGGUGCAACAGUACAAACAUGAGCGAGAGUGCAAUGCCAUUAUAGGGCAGACAAGGGAGGAUAAAAUUCUUCGCCUUGAGAGCCUUAUGGAUGGUGUUCUACCUACUCAGGAAUUCAUGGAAGAAGAGCUAGCGUCCCUCACACAUGAGCACAAGCUUCUGAAGGAGAAAUAUGAGAACCAUCCUGAGGUUUUAAGAACAAAGAUUGAGUUGAAAAGAGUUCAAGAUGAGCUGGAGCGCUUUAGAAAUUUUCAUGAUUUGGGUGAGAGGGAAGUGUUGUUAGAAGAAAUUCAGGAUUUAAGAAACCAGUUACAGUAUUAUAUAGAUUCUUCUUCCUCAUCAGCUCGAAGACGAAAUUCUCUACUGCAGUUGACAUAUUCAUGUGAACCCAAUGUGCCUCCACCUCUUAGUGCAAUACCAGAGACAAGUGAGGACAGUGCUGAAGAGAAAUUUGAACAAGAGAGAAUUCAGUGGACCGAGGCAGAAAGCAAAUGGAUUUCUCUUGCAGAGGAAUUAAGGACUGAACUUGAUGCUAGUAGGUCAUUGGCCGAAAAAAGGAAGCAGGAACUAGAUAUGGAGAAGAAAUGUGCAGAAGAAUUGAAGGAAGCAAUGCAGAUGGCUAUGGAGGGACAUGCAAGAAUGCUUGAACAGUAUGCAGAUCUUGAGGAAAAACAUAUUCAAUUGCUUGCAAGGCAUAGGAAGAUUCAAGAGGGCAUAGAAGAUGUUAAAAAGGCAGCUGCUAGGGCAGGGGUCAGGGGUGCUGAAUCUAAGUUCAUAAAUGCCCUUGCUGCUGAAAUUUCUACAUUGAAAGCGGAAAGGGAAAAGGAGAGGCGAUAUCUUAGGGAUGAGAAUAAAGGACUCCAGGCUCAAUUGAGGGAUACUGCUGAAGCAGUCCAGGCAGCUGGUGAAUUGCUUGUACGGCUAAAAGAAGCAGAAGAAGCUGUGGCUGAUGCCCAAAAGCGAGCAUUGGAAGCAGAACUAGAAGCUGAGAAGGCUCACAAACAGAUUGACAAAUUAAAGCGAAAACACGAACAUGAGAUUAGCACUCUUAAUGAGCUAGUUGCAGAAUCACGUCUACCUAAAGAAGCAAUACCACCUGCUUAUGAUAAUUUUGACAUUGCCAAGUAUGAUGCAGGUGAGACACACGAUGCCAGCGAUCAGCGAUGGCGAGAAGAAUUUGAACCAUUCUAUAACGGUGAAGAUGUUGAGUUAUCAAAGCUUGCAGAAAACUCGUCAUGGUUCUCUGGAUAUGAUCGUUGCAAUAUAUAGUUCAAGUCCUAACUGCAAAAUAGUGUAUGUAUAACUAAUAGUUUCUGUCAUAUACCUCCAAAGUCGUGGCUGUUUUUUGUUGUUCAUCUGGGUAUACCAGUUCUUGCCAAUCUGGGGGGACCAGUAUCUUGGUUCCCUUGUUGUUCUUUGUAAUCAAAUUCAGAUUCUUUCAUUUCAUAAGAGUUAAAUGAAUGAUUUAUAUUCUUUCUUGUUUCUA